CUCCGAGCAAAGCAAGGAGAGUUACUUCCCCUGAACAGCUGAUAAACAUGGCUGCGAUAUCUCGAAACAGAGGAAAACCAUUCUUCACCCCAAGUCAGUCGAGUACAGAGAAUGUGGUGUGUCAGAAAUGCCUGGAAAAGGGUCACUGGACAUACGAGUGUACAGGGAAGAGAAAGUAUGUUCAGAGGCAGUCUCGCACAAAAGAACUGGCCAAACGGAUGAAAGAUGACGAAGAAAAGAAAAAACUUGAAACACUAGCUAAAAUUGCAAGUGUUAAAGACAAAGACAGAUUAGAAGCUCGGAAAUCCAAAAGAUCAAAGAAACACAGGAAAAGAUCACAGAGUGAAGGAAGCUCCGAGGAGUCAGAUUCUUCUUCAUCUUCAUCGUCAGACUCUUCUUCAUCCUCAUCUUCGUCAUCUUCGGAUAGUUCUGACUCCUCUAGUGACUCCAGCUCUGACUCGGACUCCAGUUCCUCAUCUUCAUCUUCCUCGUCUUCAGACGAUUCCAGACAUAAGAGCAAAGCCAAAAAGAGGAAGAAACGUUAGUGGAGUUAAGUGAAGGAAACAUUAUUAACCUUCAUGAAAGAAACAUUAAUCAUUAUUGAACACCUAAAUGGGGAAACUUGUAAAUCUGAUAACAAACUGGUCGGCCAGGAGAAAAGAAAAAUGUUUACAUCUUCGUCCCGUGAUGAAUAUGGCAUGGAGACUAUGAAUUACAAUUAUAUUUUAGA